AUUUCACUUUUCCCUGGUUAACGAGCUGCCUCAUAACAUGCUGGGCUACAACAGAAAUGAUCAGGGCCUCAGCUGCUACUGUAGGAGUCUGAUGAGAAACAGUCUCACCUCAGAGGACAGCAAGACCGGUCAGGCCUGAUGCAGGGAGCACAGGAGUGGAGAGGCGAGGGUCAUUAUCCCCAUGAGGGUGGAGCAAAGUGGGGAGGUGAAGAAAGUGAGUGAGUGAACCAUUUGAAGCUCAUACUGACAUGCUGCUCGGAAGAGUCCUGUGAGGACAGCUAUGGGUGUUGUUUUGCAAAGAGCAGCGGCGUGGUGUUUAUGCAAAUUAGCCUGCAGUCUUGUCUUCCUGCCAUCAGUAGCCACAUCCUGCAGUCCUGUCAGCUUCUGCUGCUGCUGCCUCCUGAUCUUCACUGACUUCUUGGUCUCAGUUUUUCUGAGUUUCUUCUGCAUCUUUGAAUCCUGGCUGACGGAACAGACACCACUAGGUGAUGUCACUGCCGUGCGCUUCCUGCUCUUUCUCAGCCAAGUGUAUGGUGGGGUGUUGCUCCUGAUCACACCUCUGAUUGCGGUGGAGACUCUGACCAGACUCCUGUGGCUGCGCCAUCUUGUUGUUAACAAGGCAGAAAGUCAAGCAGUGCGCUCUGAUGGACAGUGUCAUUAUACUGGUCAAGUAGCUGUGCAAGAAGAGGAUGAGAGCAACAUAUCAGACCAAGGCAAAGACCAGAGGUUGUUUCAUGUUGUCGCCUACCUCUGCUGCCUCUCAGUGUGGAUUGCUGUUGCUCUGAAUGUCAGGUGGCAAUGGAAGACAGAGGAGACGUUGGCUACUGCAUGUUUUAUAACAACUAACUCCCUCAUUAGAUGUUUGCCCAACCUGUUGAGUUUCACGCCCAGUGUUGUUACUUACUGUUGGGGCUUGGCCUUCCUCUCCCUUCUCCUGCUCAUCCUGACCACACGCACAGGUUUGCACAGACAACACCAGGGCACUGCACAGAUGGAGAUCACACACAGAGAGAAAGGUGGAUUUAACAAUAAUGGUGGCAGUUGCAGGAAGGACCUUGUCCCAGUGCUGCCUGCACCCUCCAAGUCUGUGAACCCAGGGAUGUCAGUGUCAGAUCCAGCACAGUCUGUUGACCCUGAGAAAACAGAGAGCAGCUGCACUGUUCACAGAGCAUAUUUCUGGAACAGUGUGCAGAUGUCGGCACGUCACCAUGGAGACUUGGUCCUCAUCUUCCCUGGGUGUUUGUUUGCAGAGAGAGGAGGAAAGGAGCAUAAAAGGACAAAGAAAGGUAUACCCCUGACAUUUAUCCCAGAGGAACACAUGAAGUCACAAUACAGGAGCCACUGCAGGUGGCAGCAGAGGGGUUUUCCCUGCCUUGGGGUGAAUGUAAUGAUAGGGUUUGUGAGUGUCUUUGCCAUCUUUGUGCUGCCUCUGAACCUCACUGUGAACAUUCUUCUGAUCAGGACUAUAGAGGCACUGCUGGAGGUGUUCCUCGAGUCCUUACUUUCAUCUGCAGCAAAGACAACCAACACAUCAGCCUCUCACAGUGAAACACUUGUGUAAAACCAGGCUAGCAAGAGGCAAAUGUGGAUACUUGAUUUGAAGCCAUCUGCACCAGGAUCACUGGAUUAAUAUUGCAUGUUUGCAGACAGCAGGUCUAACCUGACAACACCGGUUUGAACAGAGUGUAAAGUGUAAGCAGCUAUUCACGUGUGAGGAAUAAUAUGUGGAAAUUUCUAAAAGGUGCCGAACAGGCAGGUUGAGGCGUGUUUGUAGAAAGACACUCACCUGGCUGAAACAGAUGUGCUGGAAGGCCUCGUUUUACUGUUCCAAGCCUUAUGAUCUGCAUUUGUCUUUACACAGUGAGUUACAGAACAAAGCUCUGCAGCUUAAAUAAGGCUAAUCCACAGGUAAACAGUGUUUUGAAAGCACUUAUCCAAAAAGUGCUGAUGCUGCAUCGCAUGACCAGGUAUGAUUUGGAACUAAUUGUACUUUAUUGACAAUUUCCAUGAUUUAAUACUUACACUCAGUCACAUUUUAGAUGAAAAUGCUGUACUCUUUACUGCAUUACAUUUUCUGACAGCUACAAGUUAAUUCUGAGAUGACAUUUUUACAUUAAAAAAACAA